ACCAGCCCGCACCCACCCAACAGCCCUCAUAUCACCCCUCUGUUUCGCUUGCCCCGGUUUAAGCUCCUCACCCAAGCGAAGUCGCCGGCGAUUUGGCCCACGGCGAACCCAUUCCGGCGGGAGAUCUAUAGGCACCAUGUCUGACGCUGGUAGUUGUGAUGGGACCGUAGCCUCUGGGGAUGCAACUAAUGAUAACACCAAUAGGCAGCCAUUGCAAGCCAAUUAUGAACAGGCACCUCCUGCUCCAACUUCACGAAUAUCAGUCAGAAAAGCAGUAGAAGUGAUCCAGACAUUUGACGAUUACAAGAGGUGGCUCAUUACUGAAAUUGGGUUUGGUGGAAUGCUAAAGCUACCCUUGUUGCAGAAGCUCAACCUUAAGUUUAGUGCCUGGACUAUGAGCAAGGUCUGCGUCGAGCGCCGACCAAUUGUUCUGUCAGAAACCAAGGUACUAAAGUUUUUUGCGGAAGACAUCCACAAGGUUUUUGGCAUUCCGUGUGGUCACCGAAGUGUUAAAGGGCGUGAUGGCUUCAUCACGCCAGAAGCGGUAACAUUCAUAAAGAGGACAUUAGGGAUGGACAGGACGGGAGUGCAUAGCCUGCAUGCGGCUAAGGAAUUCCUUCUCCGUGACAUUUCCGAGGCUUCCAGCAAGAUGGAGAAGGAUUGCUUGCAGAUUGCAUUCGUCAUAUUUGUUAUGGGCCAUGUUCUGGCACCUAGAACAAAACAUGAUUAUGGCACCAUAGACUACUGGGGUGCGCUGGCAAAUACGGAGAACAUAUCAUAAUUCAACUGGUGUGAGUUUGUACUUGACUUUUUGCUAGAGGCAGUCCGGCGGCUUAAGAACGAUAUGAUGGCCAACAAUUUGAACACCAAUCUUGUUGGUUGCCACUUGUUUUUACAGAUAUUCUUCCUCGACAAUGUUGACCUUGGAAUUUUCAAUAAGAACCAUAAUGUCCUUCCUCACAUUAGUGACUUCGACCAAAGCAGCAUGAAUAACAUGAUAACAAUGGCGACUCACAUUGGGAAGGGCCCCACAUCCUACUCGAAAUUCAUGAUUCGUCAAGGUAAUGAUCUAUGCUACGCUCGUUGCAACAUUGCUGAUUCCACUGAGAGAACAUCCAACCAGCCAGUUGAUGGCGGCAAUAUGGAAGAAGAUGUUGGCAAGUUCAACAAUGACAGGAACGAUUCAGCUCAUGUAGCAUCUUCAGCUGUCAGGAACCUAAUGGAUGUUCAGACACCACUACGUAUGCUUGGACCAAUGGACUUUAUAGAGCACAUGCGGAGCCGAUACCCCAGUCUGGUUAGGGAUGAGUUGAGUUUUAUAUUGAAGGAGCAGAAUGCCAAAUGCCAGCGUGAAAUCAACACCGCCCGCGCAAAUGUGCAGGCAGACAUGAUCAAAUUUGUGGACAAACUAAUGGCAUCAAUCAGCAAAAGGUGCAUCUGUUGUACUGCUAGAGGUUUUACUAACUGUCCGGCAAGAGCAGUAGAUACAUUUCUAGUUGACACACUGAGGACUCCGGUUGGCCAGAAAAUACCAGGUGUCAGGCUCGAUAUGUCUGCUUGCAAAGAUGGCAACUCUGAACCGAGGUUCCAUGGUGAUGACCAGUCAGACCGUCAGCAGAACAAGAGGUCGCGACAUGAGGAAGGAGCACCCGCAACAAUGACAUCUCAGAUUUUUUCAGUUUGCAAGGCAGACACUGCAAGCUAUCAGUGAAUUGUUUAUUGACCUUCCGAAUGAUGGAAGCACCACGGUGUUUGGACAAAAGGCAGAGGGACUUCCUGGAAGAAAAUAUGUCUUCAGAUCUGGAUUCCAGAUAGACCCAUGGAUCAGGGGUGCUGUCCCGCUACCACCGCAGCCGUAUGUGUCCCAACAAUUGGAAGGGUUCUUUGCUACAGCACCGACAGAAGAAUUAUGCAGGAAUUUUCUUGUUCAUGAGAAUCCGAGGUUCUUACGAAUAACGGGUUCAAUGUUGAAAUGCCAGCUGGUUGAAGAUGAGCUUAUCGACCAUGAGGUGAUGUCAGUCAUUAUCAGAAGGUAUUGUCAGUCUGACCAGGAAGCAGAUAAACACUCACCAUACUUAACUUGGAGGCACCCAAUUGAACCAGAAUUCUCGACGCUUGUACUAUCGGAUCAUGAUUUCCUACAUACGGUGUCAAUACAGAAAGCAUUGUGUGCCGACUCACUCAAAUAUGACAUCACAUCAGCUCAGCUGUUCUUCACCCCUGUUCCACGGCCUAAAGGAUGGAUUGUAGUUUUCUGGGACAUGGUAGCCCGCCUCAUGUUUGUAAUUGAUCCAAUGUACAGCAAGAGAAGCCAACCCUUGACCACUCAGCAGAGAGAUGAGAUUACAGCUUGGAAGCUACAUGAUGCCUUGUUUAUUUGCUUAAAUGAGUAUUAUGCUGGCUGGCCUGUGAGGAAAGAUGGAUGGAAAGUCACGUUCCCCGCACUUGCUGAUAGCAUUUUUUCUCGUAAUGAGACUGGAGCUUGCGUCGUCCAUAUAGCCCGCCAUUGCGAUGG